AAACACUUUUUGGUAAUAAUUUUCCAUAUCUAUCACCUGCCCUGCCCUCUCACUUUCUGCCCAUCCCUUGUUUUUUUUUCUUCCUUUUCCAUUUCUAUUUCCCAUCCACCAGAGAUUGAUUCGAUGCUGCAAUAAAAAAAAAAUUCCCAGUGAAAUUUUUGUAAGAGGCCUAUCAAGUCUUUCCAUAUUCCACUCUUCCUCCAUUCUUUCUCUGUUCAGGUACUAUUGUUAUGAAAUCAUUUAGUUGAAGGUUUCUUUUGUCUCCAUUAAAUGUUUUAUGGUAAACUAAGUUCUAGCUGAGUAUACAUUUAAAGUGCAUCCCAGAUGCAGAGUGGAUCUGAAUAUUCCCUUUAAGAUAAUGGAUUCUAGCAUCAGCACCAGUGACACCAUUUUAGAGCCACAUUCAGAUUUGGAAUUUGAAUCACAUGAAGCUGCUUAUACAUAUUACAAAGAGUAUGCCAAGUCUGUGGGCUUUGGCACUGCUAAAUUGAGCAGUCGUCGGUCCAGGGUGUCCAAGGAAUUUAUUGAUGCUAAAUUUACAUGCAUAAGAUAUGGAAAUAAGCAACAGUCGGAUGAUGCUAUUAAUCCUCGGCCUUCUCCAAAAAUUGGUUGUAAAGCAAGCAUGCAUGUGAAGAGAAGGCAGGAUGGCAAGUGGUAUGUUUAUAGUUUCAUAAAGGACCAUAAUCACGAACUUUUGCCAGCCCAAGCACAUUUUUUUCGAAGCCACAGGAAUGUUGACCCACUUAAGAAUGAUGUUGGAAGGAGGCGGAAGAAUCUUGCUGCAGUUUCUAAACUAUUUGGUGCCUACCAAAAUAUUGAAUUUUUGGAAGGUUAUAUGAGAAAUCAGCAUGACAAGGGCCGAAGUUUGGUUUUAGAAGAGGGAGAUGCUCAAGUACUUCUUGAACUUUUUAUGAAUAUGCAGGAAGAAAACCCAAAAUUUUUCUAUGCUGUUGAUUUGAAUGAAGAGCAUCGGCUGAGAAACGUAUUUUGGGUUGAUGCCAAAGGCAUGGAAGAUUUCACUAACUUUGGUGAUGUUGUGUCCUUUGACACUACAUAUUUCACAAACAAAUAUAAAAUACCUUUGGUACUCUUUAUUGGAGUUAACCAUCAUAUUCAACCCACAUUGCUUGGUUGUGCAUUAAUUGCAGAUGAAACAGUUUAUACUUUUCUUUGGCUGAUGCAAACAUGGUUUAUAGCAAUGGGGGAACGAGCUCCACGAGUGAUGCUCACGGAUCAAAACAAUGCCAUAAAAGCAGCUGUGGCAGCUGUGUUUCGUAAUACACGUCAUUGUUUCUGUUUAUGGCAUGUGUUGGAAAAACUUCCCCGGCAUCUUGAAUAUCUAAGCCUGUGGCAUGAGAGUCUAAUGCUAAAAUUUGAUAAAUGUAUUUAUAGGUCUUGGACUGAGGAGCAAUUUGAAAAAAGGUGGUGGAAGAUGGUUGAAAAAUUCCAUCUUAGAGAGAUGCAGUGGGUUCAGUCUUUGUAUGAAGAUCGCAGGCAGUGGGUACCUGCCUUUAUGAGAGAUAUAUCUUUUGCUGGAUUGUCUACUGCUUUACGCUCAGACAGUUUGAGUUCUUCAUUCGACAGAUAUGUGCACGGGGAAACAUCAUUGAGGGCCUUUUUAGAACAGUAUAGAGUAAUUCUUGAGGACAGGUAUGAAGAGGAAGCCAAAGCUGAUUUUAAUGCAUGGCAUGAGACUCCUGAGUUGAAGUCCCCAUCACCUUUUGAAAAACAAAUGUCAAUUGUAUACACACAUGAAGUUUUCAAGAAAUUUCAAGAUGAGGUUUUGGGAGCUGCUGCUUGUCAUCUUAAGAAAGAAAAUGAAGAUCAGGUGUCCAUGACAUAUAGUGUUAAGGACUUUGAAGAUAAUCAAAAUUAUAUGGUGGAAUGGAAUGAAUCAAAAUCAGAUAUAUAUUGCUCAUGCCGCUCUUUUGAAUAUAAAGGCUACCUUUGCAGACAUGCUAUUGUCGUGCUCCAGAUGUCUGGUAUUUUCAGCAUCCCAUCUAAGUAUAUUUUGCAACGGUGGACUAAUGCUGCCUUGAGCAGGCGUCCAAUCAGUCAGAAAUUGGAUGAGGUCCAAUCUAAGGUCCGUCGGUACAGUGAUUUGUGUAGACGUGCCAUAAUAUUAAGUGAAGAAGGCUCACUUUCUCAAGAAAGCUAUAAUCUGGCACUAGCUGCUAUAAAAGGAGCUAGGAAGCAAUGUGCAAGUGUCAAUAAUUCAGUUGAGAAUGAUGCCAGACCUAACACCUCAGUGAUUUAUGCUGUUUCUGGUGUUGAAGGACAAAAUCAAUGUGUUAAUGCUCCCGAAGAAAAAGCUCCAGACCCUAGAAUGGCAAAUACAAUCAAGACUUCCCGAAGUGUUGAGGCUGUAUUGGAGAGGCCAAUUAAUGAGAAUAAUCCAAGUAGAAAUGGAAAGCAGGUAUCUCUUGUGGGAGCUGCGAAUGUUGGGUCACAAGAUGGUUUUCACCAAAUGGAGCUGUCAGACAUCAGGCCAACAUCAAUGCAUAAUGUGAUGCCAACACAGCUACAUAAUAUGGUGCCAACUAUGUUAACAAAUGUUGCAUCAACGCAUUUUCAUAAUGUGGCUGCUACACAUUUGCAUGACAAUCGACUCCAGCGAUAAGUUAUAUUUUGUCUUCAUUUUGUAAAGAUCAUGUAAAGAAAAGCUACUUUAGGGUUGCAGGAAGAGCAAUUUUAUCAUUUUGUAAUUGCCUUGACUUCACUAUGAGGUAUGAUACAGCUGACUAAAGUUUCUUGUUGCUGCCUCUAAUGAGCCUUUUACACAUGUAUGUUAGCUUGCUAAUUGGAUUUCUUCCUA